GACCGGUCGGUCCUCCGCUCUUGAUCAAAGAGUAUUUCAUUGAUUGCUGUGGAAUUUUGUCAAACAUUCUUGAUUAAUGACUCUAAAGAUCCUCUGAAUUGUCAUCCACAGGUUCACCUUAGAUUAAGAAUUUGUGGUGAUCCGUGGCAUUUCCAUUAGCGCUACUAGCUUUCAGAAAUGGGUGCGACUGAUGUUUUUGGCCCCGUUUUCGUGAAUCAUCUUCCAGCAUCUUUCCUCACAGGAGAACAGCGGAAAAAACAAGACGCCUGAAAAGGUCAACCUAUGAGCAAAGGACACAACAACAAAGUCUGCGGUUUCUCCUGAAUGUCUGUCGUCGUUGGAUGAUGAAUCGCUGGCAGAACGCGCCCUUCAGGAAUACAUGACGAUCAUGGACUCCCUUUUCCCCACGAUCCAUGGAGACGUGGAGGAUGGAGGAGAACUGGAGACGGAAAACUGUGUGUUUCGGCAGCUUCUGGACGAAGUGUGCAGUGACCAGGACUUUUUCAGAAAGUUUGACAGGUGAACCCAGGUGCGAACAGAGACAGGGUGGCAACAGGGUGGAGUUGAAACUGAAUAUCGAUUACCUGCAUUCCGUCCUGUCUUCAGACCCGGCGCCUCUUGACCCUCUUGCACUGGAUAAACGAGAGCGAGAGUUGGGGUCGACACUGACCAGAGGUUACCUGGAUUCCCACGACUUUCCAACCCCAGAGCUCCUCGACUUUUCUGCACUGGAAGAGGUGACGCCGUGGGAGCAAUCACAACCGCUAUCUGCCCUCUACAGCCGCCCUCCUGUAACUGAUGAGACAUCUCUGCCGGUGUGGACACAGAAAAGAGAAAACCUGGAUUCUCCAGUUUCCUCUGACGCAGGCGUCUCCGACUUUGUUCCGCUGAGAGAACCAAAGCAAGAGGCGUUGGUGGCAAUCCUGAAGGAAAUGUCACAUCAACUGUCUGCCCAUUCCUACAGCGAGCGUGUACCAGGUGACACUCCACACGUCAAAGACAGAGCGCAGACGUGUGAAGCCAAAGAGUUGGACACAGAUCCAAACCACAGUGGACACAACGCAGCUCCGAGUCAGACGAAGGACGGAGCGCUGCUGUCUGCUGCCGCGCCAGAUUUCUUCAGCGCCAUAAAUGCCGCGUGCGGCCUCUGUAACGACGGCCGCUCCCCCGCGGCCCACAGUUCCACUUUGUCUGAACACUCCGCCACAGACGCUCUUGCUUCCGAUUUGGAGGCAGCAGGCCGUGAUACAUCGGCAGCCUCGUCGGCUGCGGAGGACAGUGGUCCGGACGUAUCAGAAGACGCCUCAGCGUCCUUCUCUGACCUUGCCGACAGCCGGUCUGUUCAGUUGUCCCAGGCGAUCCGGAGGGGACCCGCCCACUCCGAGUCUCCCCCGACCUCCGGCGCUGCAGGGUCGACCCAGGACCCUCCUGUCCCUCGCUUCGGAGCAGAUUCAUUGACUGGCGGCCAACCACAGUCGGCCUCCCCUCCAGCUCUCAAAGUCCAGGCCUGGAAAACCCUUCUUCCACUCCGGAUGAAGAGGUCUGAGGAACAACAGAGCCCGAGGAACAUAAAUCCCAAGCCAUCCGGUCCUCUGAAAGAUAAGAGCCACGCACCCAAAGACAACCUUGACAACGCCAGCACUUCCGCUGCAUGUUCGUCUUUUGUGACGGAUGCCCAUCCUGACCUUUUGGAAAAGAGUGCCGCAACAUCAGCUUCACAGAGUAAAGCGGCUGUAAAAGCAAGAGAAGAAGAAACACCUGGGGUAACUUCUGAGAGGACGGAAGAGAAUGGAGAGGAUGACACUGAACUCGCCAAAAUACGACGUCAGCAGCCGUCGAAUCGAGAAGCAAAAGAGGGACUGAGGAAUGAAGUCAAAAAGAAAGAUGGGCAGGAGUGUAAGCCGAGUGAAGAGAGCUUUAGCAAAACGGCAACAUGCUCAGGAGAUGAGGGCAGCGUUGGAGAGCAGAGCCCUGGAAACAGAAGGAAAAUCCAGCAACGGGACACGGAGGGAAGCGAGGCCGGGUCCUCGCCUGAGAGAGACAUGCAGGGCAAACUAGGAGCAAGUGCAAAUAAAGACUUGACGGCGCGUGAGGCCAGCGAGGGAGUGGUUCAUGAGAACCGCAGGCCCGUCUCUCCACCCGCCCCGUCCUUUCUGCAGAGCCCAAGAGUUCAGACGAGUGCUCAUCUGAUGAAAGACAAGAUAACGGAUGUCCGAGGCAGUCGGAGAGCACCGGGGGAAGACCCGCUGAGUCAGAGAAGUGAGGGCGAGCGCCCCGGCUCGAGGCCGGAGUCACAGUCGGCGGCGGCCUGCGAGGAAAUCCCGGCGACUGAGACGACCCGCCACAGGUCUAGUCCCCAACUAAGCACGGACGAGAGGGCAGCCGUGAAAGUUGAAGGGGCAGAACGCCCGCACCGUACGAGGAGCCUGAUGAGAAGACACCGGCGGGAGCAAGGGCCGUCGGAGGAGACGGACACCCGGGCAAGUGAGGUGGAAGAGGAGGAGACGGAGCGAGAAAUCCUCGGGACUCCGACGAAGAGAAGAAAGUGGAAGAGCAAGGCCGAGGGGAGAGCCGCGGAGCAAAAGAGCGGCGAGGACGGGUCCGGCGACAAGGUCGAGACAUUGGACACGCGCUCACCGCGCACACGGAGUAAAACGAGGGCGGACGUCACCGAGGACGACUGAGCAGGGGAAACGCCCGAGGGUGAAAGAAAAGCAAGGGGUCCCCACGCUCCCUGAAAGCCUUGAAGGACCGCGUGAAAGAUAACAACCACGUGGUUUAUUAAAACUAGUGAUGUAAAAAAACAACUUAAAGAACCCCUCCAAUCACGUUUCAAAGUAUACAAAAGUAAUCUGCCGUGCCCAAUAUUUUGUUUAACAUUGUUUCCCCCAUAAAAAAGUUAAUAAAAAAAAAUAAUAAAGAACUCCGAAAUGGGGCCGGAAAACCGUCCACUCCCUCUCCCUCAUUGAGGAAUUCUGAGGACUAUGAAUAUUCAUGAUAUGCAAAUAACACAGGCCCACCACAGCUGCUCGCGCCAGGUUGAGCAACCAGGUGGCAACGCGGCAACAUCGGCGAGAUGCAGCCAGAAGACUUUCCCGAACUGCCAGCGCUGGCUGCAACUGGCUGCGGACAAAAAGAGAUAGGAAAGGAAUCAUUGAAAUCAGCCCAUUACUCGCGGAUAAUGAAUUAUGAUAUUCCAUCCUGAAGCUCUUGGACUGUAUGAGUAGGAUGAUGUUGUGUUGUAAGUAUUAUAUUUUAUUAUAUAAGCAUAUUUCACACAAACACUCUAUGGGUUUAACUGAGCUGAACAAAACACAAACAUAUGUUCACAGCUGCUAGAGAUGACAAGUACAAAUCUGUCAGACUUUUUAUGGCUCAUACUGUGACAAUUGAGACUGAACUGGUUCAUAUUGAUAAUGUAGUUUGUCGAUCACUGUGUGAAGAUCGGAUAGAGAGAUUAUGUUUAUUUGUUGUCCUGCUUUUGCACGUGUUUUUAAUGUUGUCACGUUGUCAGUGGGCUUCUGUCUCGGCCUGUGUGUUAACUGUAAAAAAUGUGAUGUGGACUAAAAUGUUUAAGCAGCCGAGAGAGUCUUUUGUACUCAAUAUUCGCCGUCUUGCUGUCCCGUCUCCCUCGUCCCUGUGCUGCUCGCCGACACCGCCCGUUUGUCUUCGUCUCUCUUCUGGGUCCCUGCCCAGACCCACCCCCCAGAGAGAGGAGGCCCACAAACUCUACAUACACACACACACACACACACACACACACACACACACAGGUCACCCUGUGACACUAACACAGGAAAACUAGGAUCUAAUAAUCAAAUGUGUGUUAAGCCAUCCAGCUAAAGAUGGAUACGGACGAGGAAGGAGUUUAUUGCCUAGGGCACACUACGCGAUGUCGGAAGAUCGCCGUACCGUUCACACUACACGACGUGCUUUACUGUACUCACGAGGUAUCGCAGGAUACUCUUAUGUUGACAGGUCAGAAACAGGCAGUGAUCCCCCCCGGUCCAUCACAACUGGUUGACGUUGAACUCUCUUCGUUUUGGUCAUAAGGCAACAAAAUACUACACAACGGGUCCUAUUGUUAAAGAGUUUACCUUGACACUUCUGUUCAUUCCUGCAGACUUCAUAGAAUCCACAGCUGACAGCCAAUAGUUUGAGCUAUCAACUAAUUCUGCUGUUCCAGCUAACUGGCGGGUUUAUUCUUGGAAUAAUGGAUAUUUUCCACUCAUAAUUCUUGUGAUUCACACCUUUUCAUGUUCAUCUACUCAUAAGAUCUCAUUCAUUUGGGACCCUUUCUACCCCCUGUCUGUGUAUACGGUACAUUGUUUAAAGUGUCUCUCGCUCUCUUUUUAUAUUUAUAUAUACUAAAUAAUAUAUUUGUACGGCCAGUUUAAUAAUGAUACAAAUAUGUUUGACAUAACAUAAAAGGACCUGAAACCUG